AUGUAUUGGUGUCUACCUCUACGCAUAUCUGUACGAGAUAGUAUUAUAUUAAUUCUUCUGGUUAUAUUUAAUACAAUCCAUGUAACUGAUAUGGCCAACAACGACAUGGAUAUCCAGAGCAAGCAAAGCAAGUCUAAAGAUGAAAAUGCGAGUAAACUAGUAAAUUUUAGUGGAAGUGAUGAUUACUUAAAAAACUGUCCAACUGAAGAGAAUGAAUUGAACUGUUCUGAAUUGAAUUAUCCAUGUGUGACAUGUGAUAGAAGCAUUGACUGUAUCUAUGGAGCUGUAGAAAACUAUACAUGCUAUGUUAAAACUAAAGUCAUUUGCAAGGGUGCUAGAACAUUUAAUAAGACAGCACUAUGCAGAUUCUGUUACCAAACUGAUAAAUGGGAAUACAGAUGUGAUCAAAAGGCAAACUGCAAUUCCUUGGCUUCUCCCAUGAAAUAUUAUUUAACUAACUGUACUGUUUCGGAUGACAUAAUUUGUUUGGGCAAAAGGAGGUUCCUAAAGAAAAUCAGAUGCUCAUGGACGGCUGGCACAAGGUGGGGUACUGCUCUUGUCCUUGCUCUUACUCUCGGUGGCUUUGGUGCCGAUCGGUUCUACUUAGGACAUUGGCAAGAAGGCAUCGGAAAGCUAUUCAGCUUUGGUGGUCUUGGAGUUUGGACACUUGUAGAUGCAUUAUUGAUUGGUAUUCAUCACCUUGGUCCAGCUGAUGGAUCUCUAUAUAUUUAA